AACUGGUUGCUGCUUAAUCCAUGCAUCUGAAUCGCCGGGGGCGGCGAUAUAAUCCAGAUACCUCAAGUUAUUUCCUCCACUUUAUGCUUACGGUGGGUAUGCGUCGAAUAGAUUGGUAGAGACGGAAUGGGGCUUCGUAUUACAACAUGGAACGUCAAUGGGAUCCGAAAUCCAUUCUCCUACGAACCAUGGAGAGGCAAGCGGACCUUCGAUGCAAUGUUCGACAUCCUUGAGGCAGACAUUGUUGUCUUCCAGGAAACGAAGAUUCAACGGAAGGACCUUCGCGAUGACAUGAUCUUGGUCCCAGGAUGGGAUUGCUAUUUCAGCUUGCCUAAGGUGAAGAAAGGCUACUCUGGAGUGGUCAUUUACACUCGCAAUGCGACAUGUGCCCCGAUCCGUGCGGAGGAGGGGCUUACAGGCAUGCUUUGUCCACCAAACUCAUCGGUCCCCUUUCGCGCGCUUCCAGACGACCAGCAGAUUGGCGGCUAUCCAACUUUGGAGCAACUCAGUAGCCUUGAGGUCGAUCCUGGUACCCUGGACUCGGAAGGGCGUUGUGUCAUUCUCGAAUUCCCCGCCUUUGUGUUGCUGGGCAUAUACUCCCCGGCAACCCGGGACGAAAGUCGUGACUCAUUCCGUCAUGACUUUAUCGAACUGAUGGAUGCCCGAGUUCGCAACCUCGUCGCGAUGGGAAAGCGGGUGUUUGUCACAGGUGAUCUGAACAUCUCUAGAAGACAGAUCGAUGCAGCGCACGCGGCAGAGGCGAUUAGAAAAGGAACCAUGACCGAGGAUGAAUGGGUCUCGAUGCAUGCCCGACGUGUUUUCAAUCAGUGGUUUGCGGAUGGCAAAGUCAUUGGUGAGCGCGAUGAAGGAAGAGAGAAGCCUGUGCUCCAUGAUAUCUGCCGAUCAUUCCAUCCUGAACGCAAAGGGAUGUAUACCUGCUGGGAGCAGAGAAUCAAUGCGCGCCCAGGCAAUUAUGGCGCAAGAAUUGAUUACGUCCUCUGCAGUUUGGAAAUGCAAGAUUGGUUCUGCGAUUCCAACAUCCAAGAAGGGCUUAUGGGUUCGGAUCAUUGUCCUGUCUAUGCCGUUUUGAAGGAUAGCAUCAUGAUCGAAAGGAAAGAGACGAAGGUUCGCGACAUUAUGAAUCCUGCAGGUGUUUUCAAGAAUGGCGAGCGUCAGCAAGAGUACACAACAAAGUUACUGUUGCCCACUUCCGGGCGUCUAAUCCCAGAGUUUGACAAACGGAGAAGCAUCAAGGAUAUGUUCAUGCGCAAGCCCACCAAAUCAUCCCAAAGCACCCCCUCUGGUAUCCCUACAAAUCCUCGGCCAACGGCGAUGCAAGAGACAGCUGCGCUGUCUUCUUCUGAGUCGAAUCCCAACGAAGCGGUCAGUAAUACCAACGGCGAAAGUAGGGGCACAGUACGCAAGCGAUCGGACAAGCCUGAGUCCCCCAUCAAGCGAUCGAAAAGCACGAUUGCCCCAGCACCCGCGCCGACGAACCCUGGGCAGAAAACCUUGAAAGGAUUUUUCAAGCCCAAAAGUGCCCCCGCGGAUUCUAGCGAGGAUUGUUCCGCCAAGGAUGCUGAGCUUGCGGUCUCUCAACCGUCGACUUCUUCAUCCACAACAACUGGCCCAUCGGCGUACUCGCAGCUUGAGAAACAGGAGACUGUGGACACCGUGACCAAACCAUCUGCAGAAGAAGCUAACAGCCGCGAACCAUCCAGUGUUCUUGCCCCCGAGGAAGACGACGCUGUUUUUGACCCGAUCGUCAGCAAAGAAGAUUGGUCCAAGCUGUUCACGAAGAAGCGAGCUCCCUUAUGCGAAAGCCAUCAGGAUCCAUGCAUCAGCUUGACGACGAAAAAGCCUGGACCGAAUUGUGGACGAGCGUUUUGGAUAUGUUCGAGGCCUCUAGGGCCGAGCGGCAACAAGGAGAAGGGAACGCAGUGGCGAUGUCCGACGUUCAUUUGGGCAAGCGAUUGGAAUUCGUCAUCGUAGCUGUGAGCAACUGCACAUAUCAUCGAAGCCCAAAAUUGUCUUUUGCUUGGAACGAUUGAAGAAAAUGAUACCCCCCUUUUGAGUUUGAUUCUCGAGUGCGAAAUCAGAAGUUGAUACUGGACUGGCGUCAUUCUGGUCUGUUGUGG